AUGCGCUGCUGCUGCCCCGUGCGCCGGGCCCGGGGGCGGCGAGGGGACCAGGGGGACGUGGCUGCUCUCCAGGCUCUGUCCCGGCGACACUCGUCCCCGGGCGGGGAGGGGGACGAGCUCCGAGGCUUCCGGGGCCAAGGGUCAAGCAGGACGCGGAUCCAGGCCACUCCGCCGCCCUCCUACCCAGGGGGCUGGGCCGCUGACCCGCAGUGGCCCACGCUCGUCCCCAAGUUUCUAACGUCCCGGGGCCACCCGGUCCUGUCCUUCGGAGAGGGAGGGCUCCGGGGGCCCAAGGGUGAGGACCCGGCGAGAGCGCCCCGGGGUGCUGGGGGCCCCGGGGCGGGGCCGCGUGCCGAGCUCUGGCUUCUUGUCCGCAGCGGCGCCCCCAGGCCCCGCUCGCCGUCCCAACAGCUGCCCCGGAACGUGCUCAGCGAGAGGGAGCGCAGGAAGCGGAUCUCGGCGAGCUGCGCGCACCUGCGGGCGCUGCUGCCGCGCUUCGAGGGCCGCCGCGAGGACAUGGCCUCGGUGCUGGAGAUGGCCGUGCAGUUCCUGCGCCUGGCGGGGCCCGCGGGCGGCGGCGACGCGUGGCCCGCGCGGCAGGACCUGGCGCAGGUGGCCCUGACCCCACGGACCCAGGCGGCCGCGGCCGAGCUCAGCGUGGACGCGCCCGGCGGCACCGCGCCAGCGUUCGUGUCGUCUGGGCAGCAGGACGGGGGCCACCGCCCGGACGGCCCCGCCGUGUGUCUCGGGGAGCGGAGCCCGCCGGACGCCCGGCUGACCAGCACCCCCAGCCGAGUGGGUGUGGCUGAGGCCCGCGGUGGGCCGUCCCCCAUGCCUGAGCUUUCCUGUGGGGUGCCCCGGGCCCUCAGCCCACAUUCGCCCAGAGACCUGAGGCUGCCCCCAACGUGGUCCCCAUUGGAGAGUGAAGAGUCGCUAAGGCUGGGGCAUCAUCUUGCCCCGGGCCCCCAUGCCUCGUCUAGGUCCGUGUCAGAAGGUGAUCUGGAAGAUGGGAGCCCCUUUCUCCUCAUGACCGGUCCUGAGUGGUGGCUGGGAUCCCUGGAGGCCAGCUGUGUCCCCUCUCGGGCCCUGGCCAGGAGCAGCCCCUUGGAAGGCGUGGAGCCGGGCUUCCUGACAGGCCCUGAGCACAGCCCCCAGGAGCUGCAGGAUGGCCCCAUUGAGCCCUGGGGCUUGGAUGUGGGGGGCGCAGGCACGGCUGUGAGGGAUGAGGCUGACAGCAUCUUCGCUGACUUCCUGGCUUACUAG